CAGACGGCGUGCAUUAAAAAUUCAGCACGUUUCCAUGCGGUUGCAUAUCUAUUUUCGAGUCAACUCCAUCGGAGAUCUUCAAAAUGACGGUUGUGGCUUAAUCGACCAUCAAAACCACUGAUUCACCCCUAAAAAUCAUCAUUACUUGAAGCAGAAUGCCGUCCGACGCCAAGAAGAAGCAACAGCAGAAGAAGAAGGAGGCUGCCAAGGCCAGGCAAACAGGCAAAAAACCAAUCGCACAGGCCAAAGCUGAGGAUGUGAAAGAAGGCACUCCACCAGGAGAAGUGCAAAAUGGUACCAACGGGGUUAUCUCUGCCGAAGAGGCUCUCUGUAUGAAGCUAGAGGCAGACGCCCGCCUGAACGCCGAGGCUCGUUCCUGCACUGGAACUCUUGCGUCUCAUCCCCGCAGUCGAGACAUAAAGAUCUCCACCUUCUCCAUAACCUUCCACGGUUGUGAACUUCUCCAGGACACAAUGCUGGAAUUGAAUUGUGGCAGACGUUACGGUCUUCUGGGUCUCAAUGGCUCCGGUAAAUCCACUCUCCUCUCAGUUGUGGGUAACCGUGAGGUACCAAUUCCCGAUCAGAUCGACAUAUUCCAUCUCUCCCGAGAGAUGCCAGCCAGCAAUAAAACAGCUCUCGAAUGCGUUAUGGAAGUCGAUGAGGAGCGAGUUCGUCUUGAGAAAUUAGCGGAGGAGUUGGUGGAUUGUCCUGAGGAAGACGCCCAGGAACAGCUGAUGGAUGUUUACGAAAGAUUGGACGAUAUGUCUGCUGAUACUGCUGAGGCACGUGCUGCUCACAUUCUUCAUGGUCUUGGUUUCACUCCAAAGAUGCAGAGAACUCCUACCAAAGAUUUCUCCGGUGGUUGGAGAAUGCGCAUCGCUUUAGCACGUGCCCUCUACGUUAAACCUCAUCUACUUCUUUUAGACGAGCCGACGAAUCAUCUGGAUCUUGACGCCUGCGUCUGGCUGGAGGAGGAGCUGAAGACGUACAAACGCAUUCUCGUUAUCAUAUCUCAUUCACAGGAUUUCCUGAAUGGUAUUUGCACGAAUAUCAUUCAUCUCAAUAAAAAGCAACUGAAAUACUACACUGGAAACUACGAGGCAUUCGGUAAAACUAGAAUGGAACUCCUGGAAAAUCAAGCUAAGCAGUACAACUGGGAGCAGGAUCAGAUAGCUCAUAUGAAAAAUUACAUCGCCAGGUUUGGACACGGUUCAGCUAAACUUGCGCGACAGGCUCAGUCCAAGGAGAAGACACUGGCGAAGAUGGUGGCACAAGGAUUGACUGAGAAAGUCACCAAUGACAAAGUGCUCAAUUUUUAUUUCCCAAGCUGCGGAGGAAUCCCUCCUCCCGUAAUCAUGGUGCAGAAUGUAAGCUUUCGAUAUAAGGAUGAUGCUCCCUGGAUUUAUAAGAAUCUUGAGUUUGGAAUUGAUUUGGAUACGAGACUGGCCCUCGUCGGACCCAAUGGAGCAGGAAAGAGUACACUGUUGAAGCUGCUUUAUGGAGAUUUGGUCCCAAGUAGUGGAAUGAUUCGCAAGAACUCUCAUCUCCGAAUUGCGAGAUACCACCAACAUCUUCAUGAAUUACUGGACCUCGACAUGUCCCCCCUUGAUUACAUGCUGAAGGCUUUCCCGGAAGUGAAGGAGAGAGAAGAGAUGAGAAAAAUCAUUGGACGUUAUGGGCUCACUGGUCGUCAGCAAGUCUGCCCAAUCAGACAAUUGUCCGAUGGACAGCGUUGUCGAGUUGUGUUUGCAUGGCUUGCCUGGCAAGUACCACAUCUCCUUCUGAUGGACGAACCGACGAAUCACUUGGACAUGGAGACAAUCGAUGCACUUGCUGAUGCUAUCAAUGAUUUUGACGGUGGAAUGGUUCUUGUUUCUCACGAUUUCAGGCUAAUUAAUCAAGUUGCUGAAGAGAUUUGGGUAUGUGAGAAUGGAACAGUGACUAAAUGGCAAGGUGGAAUAUUGAAUUAUAAGGAGCACCUUAAGUCUAAAGUGCUGAAGGACAACCAGAAGAGAGAAAAGGAAUUCACGAACCGAGGAAAAUAAUAAUGUCCAUUUUUGAAGAACGAAAACUGAAAAUCCGAAAUGAACGAUAUCCACUUCUUGGUUUCAUUGCCGUCAAUCACAUCCACUGUAUGAAUCGGAAUUCAUUCAUCGUUUGAUUUAGCGCUGCUAUGUAGCGUUCAAACGGAUGGGUUCAUGCUUACCUAGCUAAUUUAUUUAAAUAAAAUGAAAAAAAAUGAUUUUGUCCGGGCAAGUAUCUGCAAAAAAUCAUUAUCAGUGAGUUUUGAAUGAUGAGAAAUGUGCGGAUAAAAUUUGCGGAUACAUUUAACUUGUGACUAUCGCAAUUAAUUUUCCAUGAUCACUUUCCCCCCACUCUGGAACAUAACAAAUUGAUUAAUGACAUUUCAAAAUAAUUACUACUGUAUUAAAUAAAGACACACCGUUUGAGGGAGAAUUUAAUAACGUCA